AACUGCAAGCCCCGGAGAUGCAGUCGCUCCCGCCGCACCAGCGGCGCGGAGGAGGAGAAGGAAGAGGAGGUUCGGCGGAGCGAGGAGGAGAUGGAGGCUUCCACCUUAACCCCUGCAGGCAGCGUCCGGGACCCGGGCCGGAGCUCCCCGCUUCGGCCCAACGCCUCGGUUCACCCGAAGGCGAAAGAGGCUCGGGGCACGGCAAUGCUUCGGAACUGAUAGCCCGCGGCAACAGGGAUACAGUCGCGGCUCCCCGGUGGCUCGGUGCGCCCCCGGCACCGGCCUGGAGCCCCACCGGAGCAGCCGGCAGCAAAGCUGUUGCUGCUGGGAAAGCGGGGUCCGGGGCCCCCGCUCCCGCAGCUUGCCCGGGGGCGCUGUCCACUGCUGAAGCCCCAGUGGCGCCGGGGGCCGAAGACUCGACACUCCCUGCCUGGAUGCGCCUCUACUUCUACGGAAUGCACGGCAUCACCUUGGACGUGCUCAUUUCCUGGGCUCGAGGUUUCCUCCACAGCCCCGACCUGAAGAUGCUGGGCUUCUCCACUCCCUACCACUGUCUGCUGCACUCGCUCACCCAGUUCGCCCUGGAGAAGGUCUAUCUGCAGCGUCGCCACUGCCCCAGCACCUUCGCCUUUAAUUUCCUCUUGUACCCCUCGGUCCAUUUGGGGCUGCAGACCUUGGUGGGCAAAGCACUGCUGCUGAUAAGCCACGGGGGGCGGCAGGUGAGCGAAGCUGCUCCCGGAGCGCUGGAUCUGGCUCUCCAGUACGUCCUGGCAGUCUAUUACUCCCAAGUGUUUCUCAAGAGGUUCCUGCGCUUGCGAUACCGCCGCCCGCAGCCGCAGCCGUCCUGGCGCGGCCCCCCUCCUCUGUCCGACUCUCGGACAGCUGCGGCGCCCAGCACCGGGAGACCGCGGCCCCGAGGCGCCGGGGUGGUCGGAGGAGCUCCCAGCCAAGGGCUCCCCGACCUUCUGCGCUUUCUCUUCUUCGGGAUGCAUGGUUUCCUGGAUGAGAUCUUUUUCACUUUCUUCUUUAACCUCCUAGGACAGGAGGAUGGGGCCAUCAAUGGCCACACUUCUCUCUGGUCUUUUUUUAUGUACGGCAGUUGCAGCUUCGUGGUAGAAAAGCUCUACUUCUAUCUGCACUACAGCCGAGGCUGGGGGACUUGUAAGAGGAUUCCCAUCUACGUUCUCUUCAUCUACACGUGGGAAUUUUCUUGGGGACUGGGACUCCGCAUGUGUGGGGGCUGCUCGUGGGACUAUUCUCACUAUCCGUUGAAUUUCAUGGGACUCAUCACCCUGAUGUAUUUGCCGGGUUGGAUAUUUCUUAGCUUCUACCAGGACUUGUUGUCUAAUGUGUUGUGGCGUGUACAAUACAUACCAGCUAAAUGAAAUAGAAAAUAAUAAUAAUAAUAAUAACUGGAAGUCCCAAGACAAUUUUUAAAGGAAGUUUAAGCGGGUGGGGGCAAUACUUUUUAAUCUUUUACUUUUUAUAUAUUUUACUAAAAUCUCUUUAAACACGUUUUAUUUACAAUUUUGAUUUUAUGGGAUUAUUGAACUUAUGGAUAAUAUAGUACCUUGAAAUGUGGCACUUUGGAGAUGUAUUCUAACUCAAAGUAUUUAAAUCUUCUUUUAAAACUUUUACUACACACAGCACACACACACAAAACCUUCCUACCUUAAAGACUGAAAGCUGUGGUUUGCCCUUACUUGUGUGUACAUCAGUGACAGCUAUUAAUUAACCUUUAGUAAAUGGGAAGUGCUUCAGUGAAAGACCAACAACUUUCAAAAGAUUUAACGAAGUUUUCUAAUUUUCCUUUACAUAUUAAUCGAGGCUGUUACUUUCCAUGUCAUCAAUGCCUGCUGAAAUUCACUGACCUGUACACCUGAAAUUGCAAUUUGUAACUCUUAAAGUGCCUCUGUCUAGUAUUUAAGUGGAAAGAAACUGAUUAAUGUAGAAAUACAGUCUAAGUAUAGCUUAUUUAAAAAAAAAAAAAAGAAAGAAAGAAAGAAAGAAAAAAGAUCUUAAUAAGAGCUCAGACAGUUGACACUGUGUUAAGACAUUUGAUCUCCAUCUUGGAAAUGACUGCUUUCCAGUACUGGUUAGCCUUAAACACUAAGUGUAUUAAAGUUGAUAAAAUCUUAUUUUAUCCACGCUUGAUUUUUUUCCUUAAAAAAAAAGUGCCUAUAAAACAAAAUGCAUACCUCCAGCAAUGAGAAUAUCCUUCAAAAGUACUCUUAUUCUAAGCCUUUUUCUGGGUCAGGCUUGAAUCUAUGAUACUAUGAUCCCACAGAGAAACAAAAAAACCGGGAAGAAUAAAGUACUUCUUAUAAAAUCAUAGGAUUCAAAAUCAGAAGGACCAGAAAGAUCAUCUCCUUGAUUUUACAGAUCAAAAUACUGGAGCCCAGGAGAGAUUAAAUAAAUUGCUGAGAUCACUGUUAGUUAUAAACACAGAUCUAUCAUGUGCCCUAUUCCUGUUCCAUAAUGUCUUUGAAAGUAUAUAAUUUUGUCUGGGACCCCUAGAGUCCUACAGUUGGGCCUGUCGUGUCAAUGCUUAGAAUAAAUCAGUGAUGGACUUUUGUGAUCCAUGUCGACUACUCUAAAUUAUAGAAAGAGGAGGGGGAAAACAUUUUAUGUAAAUCAAGAAAAUUUGUUUAAAAUAUUGUUAAACUCAGGAGGAAUAUAGACUAGAGGUUAAUGCAGAUCAUAUAAAAUUAAUCAAAACUAUCUUAAUGCUCAUUUCAGAGAAAGGAAAAUCUGAAAGUUUUUUUUUAAUAUGAAUAUUGCUUUAUUGCAUGUAGAUGCUUGGUAAUAAUAUUUGUUUCCUUGAAAUGAACUGACAUGUAAAAUGCAUGAAAACAAACUGCUAACCCCUAGUCUUUAGUAGUCACCUCAGAAAGGAAAAGAUGUUGGUUUUAAUACAGGCAGCUAAAUGGCACAAUGGAUAGAGUGCUAGAUCUGGAAUCAGAACUUUCAACACAACCUUCUAUGAGGAAGCAUCUAUCUUCAAUAAAAGUCUAGAGAAUUAUUCCUGAAAUCACUACUUGUUUCAUCUAGGGAAAGGGGUUAUAAACAAAUGCCAACUUCACACAAGCCCUCUUUCAUGACUGAACUACAUAAGUAUCUUCAGCUUAUUCAUAAAAUCAAUUAUCCUCUUUACACCUCAAUUUCCUUAUCUGUAAAAUGUGAUUAAUCUCAGCAUGGUUGCAAGGCUCAAAUGAGAUAGUAUUUGUAAAUAGUAUUUUGCAGACUAAAAUUCUACAUAAAGCUAGCUGCUAUUACUAUGUAGAAAAAUCUUCAAGAUCAUAGAGCCUACUCAUUUGGCUUCCCAGUUAAAAUAUCAACUAAAAUACCCAUCUAUCCAGACAUCUUGUGAAAAAAAUGUUGUUUUGUUGUUGUUGGAAGUUAGAAAUCCUGGACUCAAUCCCAAAUUGGUCACUAAAUGCCAAAAUUUUAAGUUUAGUCAUUUGACCUCUCCAGGAUUCUACUUCAUCUGCAGAAUAGAAGGGAUCAGACCCUUUCAGCAAUUUGAUCCUAUGAUCAUUUCACGGAUCCAAUUACAAAUAAUGAUCACUUUACCAGAUUUAUAUGGAGACAGUUCUUAUUCAAGAAAUGAUUAUCAAAAUCAUCUGCUUGCUCAAGUAUAUAUGUAUGAAUAUGUUCAAAUUUGUUUUUGAAUGCCAUUUCACUGCUAAUUUCAAACUACACACAUGCAAAGAAAAGCUAGAGUAAGGAAGUGAUAAAUUAGGCAGUUCUACUACUUGUUGGUAGUAAUAGUAUUAGAAGUGUGAUAAUAGUAAUCAAGAAUAUUUUCAGUUCCUUAUGAAUUUCAGUUAUCUAUGUUAUCUUUAUUUCCCAUUACCAGUGGUCAUUAGUUGUGUUACAACCAAAGAUGUUUACAAAUUGAUAGGUAAAAAUAAAUUUAAUCUAGUACUCAGAUCAAUAAUAAAUACUGGUUCCAUUUUUCCAAAUGCUGAAGCCCUCUAUUUGAGUGAUACAUUCUAGUACAGUUGCACAGAACUAUAGAAUAUUGGUUCUGGUAAAGAUAUUAGAGAUCAUGCAGACCAUCCCUUUCAUUUUACAAAUGGGGAAACUGAAGUAUAAAUAAGUAAAACAUUUUGCCCCAGAUUAAAAGUCAAGUGAGUAACACAGGUGAAGCUAAAACUCAGUCUUCUGUCUCUCAAUGGUGCCUAUGUGGUCAUCUAAACUUUCUUUACUGUCCUAAGACAGAGAGCCUUAUGUCAGUAAGCUUUGUUAAGUGCCUACUAUGUUCCAGACACUGUGCUAAGAACUAAGGAUACAAAGCUAAAACAAGCCCCUUUUGUCAAGAAUUGUAUUAGGGAGGACAAUUUGCAAACAACUAUGAAUAAACAAGGAUCAGGAUAAAUUAGAAAUGAGCAGUAAAAGAAAGUUACUAGGAUUGUGGUGGAUUGGGAAAGGCUUUAAUAAUAGCCCAAGAAUACAAAAUAAUUCACAUUUAUAUAAAACAUUAAGGUCUUCAAAUGGACUUCCUUAUCAUCCCAUGAAGUAUCUAGGGCAACCAUCAUUAUCUUCCUUUUGUAGAUAACAAAAUGAGAGACUGAAGUGGUAAAUCAUUUAACCAUUACACCAAAUAAGUGGUUAAGAGGAAAAUCAAACUCAAGUUUUCUGACUUCUUUUCUAGUAUUCUUUAUACCAUACCAAAUUGUCCUCCCUAAAAAUUAAUAGAAAUAUUUGAGAAAAUCACUAUCUGAAUGCUUUAGUUUGAUAUAAUAAUAAGUGGUAGGUGUGUACUGAAGCUAUCUCCUAUUGUAUUGUUAUUUUUUCCAGUGUAAGCAUUUAUAUGUCAGAAAUUGGCAUAUCAGGGCUUGAUUGUUUGUUUGUCUAGUCUCAAUAAAAUAAUGGAGAAAAAUGGUAAUAAUGAAAAUUAAACUAAAACAA